AUGCAACUACUAGACUCUAAAGUGCUAAACGCUAUACGUCAAUCACAAUAUAAACAACUUGCAUUGUUUAUUAGACAUAAUUAUAAUCUCAAUGUUACAACGAAAGAUGGUCGUAAUGGUUUAUUUUUUGCACUUGACAUUAUUGAACCACGGAAACGUCGUCGGAUGAUUCGGUUUUGUUUGGAUCAUAGUAUUGAUGCAUUACAAAAAGAAAAAAAGAAUAACUAUACACCUUUACAUGAAGCUAUUGCACGGCAACAAAUCGAUUCUGUUCAACUUUUACUGGCUAAUGUUGGCGGUGAAAUCGAUUGGCGAUCAUGGGAUGCACACGGUCGUACAAUACUGCAUCAAGCUGUUGAAACCAACAAUGUACCUAUAGUCGAAGCUCUUAUUAUUGUUAUGAAUCAUUAUGGAGUUUCUGUUGAUAUUCCAGAUAGGCACGGUUUAACACCGUAUUUAUUAGCUACAAAACUUCAUUUACGUGAUAUGGCAUUUAUACUUGCAAAUAAAGGACAUGCAAGUCGACAACAACGUGACCCAUCAACGUAUCGAAGUGCUGACGAAUGGGAAAUAGCUGGUAUUGAAGAACAUCGACUAUUUAUACGUAAUAAACUGCGUCAAGAAAUCGAUAAUGCUAAGACUGAAGGAAAAAUUACGAAAGUUAAAAAAUUAAAACAAAUUUAUAAUUCAUCACUGUUAUUAUCAUCCAAUGAAUCAAUUCGUCGUGAUUCUAUUCUAUCGAUGACAACUGUAUCUGGCGUAAAUCCAAAAUCAUCAGUAUCAAUUAAUGAUAUGAUUGAUCAAUUUCCUGAGGGUGAUAUACCCGAGUCAUUUGUUAAUAGUGAACGAGACGAAGAAAUAUUUCAUUUCGAUUCUCUUCACUCACCAACACGAGCUGUACCAUUUUCUCUUCCACCGAUAUCGACUGGACGGCAACAUCGGCCAGCUGUAAAACUCAAUACACUUAUGGAUUUAUUUCAGCUGGUUUCUGAUCAAUUCUCGCCAUCCUAUCGUUUAUCGACUACAAACAAUACGACAACACGAUUCGAUCAAUAUACACGAAGAAAAGCUUCAAUGGUUCCACACCGAAACACAUUAACUACAGUUAAAAAUAAUACAAAUUUAUCGUCUACAGCAAGACAGCGACGCUCUUAG